AUGGCUACUCGCGGACGAGGUCGUACACGUUCACGUAGAGAGAGUAGAAACGAGCAACCGGCCGAUAACCAUGCCGAGUUCAUGGCGGCAAUGGCGAAUCUUGCGAACACCAUGGAGGCGAAUGUUGCUGCGACUCUGCAAGCUGCGCAGAGGUUAGGCCAACCGGCGGGGAAUGGAGACGGAAAUGAUGAUGACUUAGGAGGUGCUCCGAUGACCCUAGCUACGUUUCUGAAACAUGUCCCGAGCAACCAAUACGUGGAGUUUGCUGCUUAUCAGCUUCUGGAAGAGGCCCAGCAUUGGUGGCAGGCAGAAUGCCGCUUACUACAACUUCAGAAUGCCGAUGUUCCUUGGGAUGUAUUUCAAACGGCCUUCUACAAGAAGUACUUUCCUGAGUCUACAAGGGAGGCGAAGGAAAUGGAACUUAUGCAGCUGAAGCAAGGUUCUUUGUCUGUGACAGACUACACCAACAGAUUUGAGGAGCUCUGUAGGUUCUCUAGGGCGUGUCAGGGUGCCCCGGAGACCUAUGAAAGUUGGAAGUGUAUCACGUACCAAAGGGGCUUGAAGGACGACAUCAUGACUGCUGUGGCUCCUAUGGAGAUUCGGAUUUUCUCCGAUCUAGUGAACAAGGCAAGAGUGGUUGAGGAAUGCGCAAUGACGGUUGCCUCGUCAAGGGACACUCAUGGAGGAAACACUAGUAGAGAACGCGACGUUUACCUUGGACCGAGGGGACAGAACUUCAAGAGAUAUGGUGAGGGAAAGCGGUCAAGAGCUUACUCCCCUGAUAUGAAAUGUCAGGAGUGUGGGAGCUACCAUCCGAAUAGGUCAUGCCAGUUGGGUAAGAAACUAUGUUACAAGUGUGGCGCACUGGGACAUUUGGUUAGAGAUUGUCCACACUGA